AUGGGAAAGAUUGAAGGAAAACAAGAAAAUUAUCAUGGACAUGUAACAGCAUUAUCUGUUGCACCAGAAUUUCGUCGUAUUGGCAUAUCAAGUAAAUUGAUGUCACUUUUAGAAAAUGUUUCUGAAAGGAAGAAAACGUAUUUUGUUGACUUAUUUGUUCGUGUAUCGAAUAAACGAGCCGUUGAUAUGUAUCAAAAAUUAGGCUAUUUCGUUUAUAGAAGGAUAAUUGGCUAUUAUUCGGGAGAAAGAGAUGAAGAUGCAUUUGAUAUGAGGAAAGCCUUAUCAAGAGAUGUGGAUAAAAAAUCAAUUAUUCCAAUUCCGCAUCCAGUAAGACCAGAAGAUCUACAAGAAGACUAA